UGAACUGAAGACAUGCUGAAGACCCAAGACCCGUGUUUUUAAGUAGUUUAUUCAUAAUUAAUAUUAAAUUUAUAGGUGUAAAUCGCGGAUUAGGUAUACUUUUAUCUCAGCUAUGUCAGACUCUGAAGAAUCAGAUGUGUUUAAUGAAGAGCCUAUCAGGUCAUUUCAUGAUAUUCACGACGAAAUAGAAAGAUGCAAGAAAAACCCGGCAACUUCGGGUAUGUUUGUGUCUGGCUGGGAUGAUGCAGACGAGGGCGUGGAGGAAGUAAAGGAUCCUAAAGCUAACCCUGUAGACCAUGUUCUAUGGGCUGCUGAAAAUGCUGACAUUGCAGCUCUCAAAGAACUAUUGGCUGCUCAACCAGAUCUAGUCAACGCUAAAGACAGCAAUCUGUACACACCUCUUCACCGUGCUGCUUACGGAAACCAUGUGACUACCAUAACAUAUCUGUUGAGUGUUGGCGCUAAGUUGGAUGCUAAAACUGAGUUUGGCUGGACACCUCUGCAUUCUGCUGCCAACUGGAAUAACUACUGGGUUGUUGCGAGACUACUAGCAGCUGGUGCCAACCCAGCUGCAGUGUCUGAGGGAGACCAAACACCACUACAUUUAGCAGCAGCAAAAAGUCACAGUAAAUCUACCAUUAUCACAUUGCUCUUUCAAGAAAACAGUGUGCAGGUGGCUCAGAUGGUUAAUAAUGUCGGAGAAAAACCUGAAGAACUAGCUCGUGGGCAUGGAAUAUAUGCUCCACUAUUUGAAAUGGUAAUGCCUGCUGCUUCUUACAUUAAGUCAAUUGGAUUCACUUGCAAUCCAUAUUUAAGAAUGGAAAAACUAUCAGAACCCGAGUGAGUGGGAGUGGGACAAAUGAUAAGUACAUAAUUUUACUACAGUAAAUUUAUUUCCAUAGUACCUAAGCACUUAUUUAACUAUAACUAUGUAAGUGAUGUUUACAAGUAUUUUCAUGAUUUUUGAAUACAGCAAUCUAACAAGGUCUAUCAA